GAAAGGCUACGCAAGCAGCCGCGACGCCAUUUGCUGCGGCCGUGCGUGGGCGCAGGCGGAUCUCGGAAGAACUCGGUCGCUAGACUAUCCCGCGCACGCGAACCGGUCUCCAGCCCCACUUGGUGCUGCGCUGUCUCACGCGCAGUCCCUCGGAGGAGUCGCCGCCGCUGCCGCCACCCGAGUAAGAGUCGGAGACGCCGCGAGGCCGCCGUUACCGCCAUGCCCAAGAAUAAAGGUAAAGGAGGUAAAAACAGACGCAGAGGUAAGAACGAGAAUGAAUCUGAAAAAAGAGAGCUGGUGUUCAAAGAAGAUGGGCAAGAGUACGCGCAAGUAAUCAAAAUGCUGGGAAAUGGACGAUUAGAAGCGAUGUGUUUUGAUGGUGUAAAGAGGUUAUGUCACAUCAGAGGGAAAUUGAGAAAAAAGGUUUGGAUAAAUACCUCAGACAUUAUAUUGGUUGGUCUACGAGACUACCAGGAUAAUAAAGCUGAUGUAAUUUUAAAAUACAAUGCAGAUGAGGCUCGAAGUCUGAAGGCAUAUGGCGAACUUCCAGAACAUGCUAAAAUCAAUGAAACUGAUACAUUUGGCCCUGGAGAUGAUGAUGAAAUCCAGUUUGAUGACAUUGGAGAUGAUGAUGAAGACAUUGAUGAUAUCUAAAUCGAACUCAACCAAAUUUUACAUUCCAAUUUCUCUGAGGAUAUCUGAAUAAUUUGGAUUUUGGCUGUGAUCUGUUAAAGAAGAUUAAAAUUUCAUUAGCAUGAGUGCAAUUUGUUAAAGCAAACUGAUUUGUUUCUAACGUAUUUCUUUAAAAACUGGUAAUGCUGAGUUCUCUUAAGUGAAAUGUUAAACCCACUUUGUUCUUUUGAUGAAAUGGAGCUUAUGGGUAAAAGACCACAUCUACUAUUUUAAAAAAGAGAAAAAAAAAGCAUUACUAUUUCUCCCAUUUUGACCACUUCCACUAAGUAAAUGAAUGUUUGGAAUAAACCAUUUGCCCUACACUCAUCAUGGAUUAUAAUUAAGCCCUAGUGUGAAUUUCUGUAUAUUCCAGUUACCUAGAUGUUCCCUUAAGAUUUUGAUACAAUUUAAGAGAGGCAGAAGUCUGCAUUUGAAGUAAAAAAUGGUCUGUUUUUCAUAUUUAAGUAACAUGUGGAUAUUUUUAUACUAAUUUUGAUAUCACGUACAUUCUUUUCAUGAUCUUAUUUUGCCACUGUAAACAUGUCAACUAAAAAAAACGUUUCCAAAAUGCAGUUUUUAUAACCUGAGUUUUAAUAGCAAUUUUGAAUUUGUAAGAUUAGUAGUUGCAGAAAUCAAACACUAGGUGGCACCCAGUAAUCUUAACGUUGGAAAUGCUGAUAUAGUUGUCUUUUUUUUUUUAACUUACUGUGCAUAGGAAAUUUCCCAAACAACAGAAGAUUAUUUUGAUCAUGUGCAUGUAUGUAGAAUAUUUUUACAGAACAAAAAGAUUAAGUUAAAAGUGUCAUUUUAUUUUCAGAAGUCAUAUACAUGUAAGCUACAAUUUUGAGUGCUUAUAGACACUUAAAUUAUGUGUAAAUGAAAAUUUAAUUUCAUAACAGCUUGUACAAAUUAAACCUUUUUCAAAGUAUCCCUAAGCUGGGGGAAGAGGAGGAAAUAACAACUUAAUGAAAAGAUGGUCUCCAAUUUGUGAAUGGAAGAACUGCAUACAGCAGAGAAAUAUAAUAAAGACAUAGUGAUGCUGCAGAGUAUAUUAUACCCUUACUUUGUGUUUAGGAUGUAUUUUAUCAUGUGUACAGAUUUUUUUGCUUAUAUUUUAUUGGGAAUUUAGAUUUACCCUUUCUUACUUAGUUUUUCAUUAUCAACUCUAGUAAGGUGAAAUUAGGGACUGGACUAGUUAGACCUCACUAGCCAUAUUGAAAUCAUAAAAUGUAAAAGAAGAAAUCCUUCGUGUAGUAUGUAAAGCUUUUAUUCUACUGGUCUCCAGAGAACUUUUCAGUGUUGAAAAAUAAUAAAAAGAGGAGUAAACCUUCACGUGGCUUCAGAAUAUAAGCAUAUCUUCUCUGAUCCCACGCUUAGUAUAAUUUCCUUUCCUAAAUGUGCAGACUCCUGAAUAAAAAUCUGAGGUACUAUAAAACAUUCUUAAAGACUAGAAAUUAAGAGUGGACAGUUGCAGUUCAUGUUUCUUAUUAUCUGGCGUUCCUGAACGCUUAACCUAGGUGGGGUGCAUCUGAGACCAUGGGCUGGUUUUUAAUACCUGUAAAGAACCAGCCUUGAAGAAUUAAUGUAGUGAUUGUUUUCAUCAGUAAUCUAAACCACCUGAGAUAUUUAGGCUUCUGUACACUUAGGCUUCAAAAUACUUUUGCAAAAUUUGUGGUAUAUGUACAUCUUUCCUCCACAUUAUUUUACCAAGAAUGUUUUGACUGCAUCUGAUACAGUUCACGGUAGGGAUGGUGCAACUCAGACAUUAGGUUUUCUGCUGGCUUCCUCUAACAAAUAUGAUUUGUCUAAAGAGUCUUUAAGAACUGCAACUAUGACCCCAAUUUAUGUGUUCGCCAGUUUUGGGGUGGGGGGUUGGUUUGUGUGGGGUUUUUUUGUUUUUGUUUUUAUUCCUUGCCUAGGUAGUAACAGCCCAAUCUGGUGCUGUUGUACCCUGGAAAAUCUCAAAUCAUAAUGAUUAAAGUAGUUGGAAUAAACUUAUAGGUCAUAUGCAACACUACUUGGAGGAAUUAUUUUACUAACUUAUCUUUAAUGUGGAAAUUAUAUAGUUCCAUUGAUUUUAUUAUAUUGCAAAUGAACGGAAGUGGUCCUUGAAAAAAUUUUUUGUUAUACUUUUUGGUUCCUAUAAUACAGUGCUAUACAGUGUGCCCUGAAAAGAAAAUAAAAUGUUUGAAAUCCAGAAAUGAUGAUUCUUACUGCUGAGAGGGUGUAAUAGUUAUUACUAAUGAGUUUGAUGGACUUGCAUUUUUUGUGCAGUUUAUUCCACUUCCAGUUUGCGUAUAAAUACGUUGUAUUACUGAGGUGGCUAAAUAACCAAACCAAGUGUUUGUGUAAAAAGACUUGCCAAGAUUGAGUUGUUUGUUGAAUCUUUCUUGAACAUCCAGCCUCUUAAAGAGACCACCUCUUAAGGAGCCUAAAAACUGUGCACAAUGAAAAUUCUUAUAUUUUAUUAAGGAGUGGCCAUUGGUUUUCUCACCAGAUCUAUGGAAUUUGGCUGUAAAAACUCCUUGUGACUUGUAGUUUAACUUAAUCUCAUCUCUCUUGUGUAAAUACUAAAGUGUAGGAUGCUGCAUAACAUCUUUUAAUAGGUAUAAACUGCUGUCAGUAUUGACCUCAGUGCAGAUAGGUAAAAAGCAUGUUUCUGAUCAAAUACCUAGCUGGAUUUAUAUUUUAUUUGUAUUGUGUACAGAUUUAACAAUAUUCAGUAUUAACUGGCUUGACAGUGAAACUAUCAGAAGGAAGGUUAAGUUUUUUAUGUUACCUGCCUGUCACAAAGAUUUAAAAGAUUUCUAUUGUUAUGAGAUGUUUAGAUCUCUAUCCUGCUUAGUAAAGGGAAGUUUCGUUUAUACUCUUUGGACUCCCAUGAACUUUUACAUACCACUUGGUGUUUUUUUCAAUUUACCUUAAACUACCAUCCUUUUUAUCCUUGCUUCUUCCUACUCAGAAAAGAACAGAAUCUGAAUUAAGUCCUACUGUAAGUGUGAUGACACUAGCCUCUGAGGUACGGAGCGAGCUGAGGGGUUGGGAGAGCAUACUGGACUAUGUCCUCUCUCCCCCAGCCGCCUAGUGCUUAGGAGGCAGCGUGAUGGAGAGGGAAGAGCGUGGCCCUGGGUCAGGCAGUCUGUGCCCCCGCCCUCACUCUGCCCCUUACCUGCAGGUGAUCAUGGGCACCUUCUCCAACUUGUCUGAGCUUCAGGCUCCUCACCUAUAAAAUGGAGAUGGUAAGAAUAGUACCUGCAGAAUCAAUUGUUGGGAGGAUUAGUAAUGUAUGUGUUCAUACGUGUAGUGCGCUUAGAACAGUCUGCCGCUGUUCACUUGAUAUUCAGGACUGUGUAAGAUAGAAUAUGCACAUCUUUUAUAUUCUCUACUUACCAUUUCUUUUACUUUCAGUCUUUGGUUCGUAUAGUAAAAGAAACAUGUAGAAUAUAUAUUUGUAUAUUCGUGUCGACACAGUAUUUAAAAUAAUUGCUACCACCCUCAUCUAAUUCAGCAUAAGACUAACAGAUGCAGGUCUCUAAAUUGCUUAAAGAUAUUUUGCAAAAUACCAACUUGCUCUGUAUUUCUUUAGAGAAGUUUAUAGUUACUGACAUUGAUGGCUCUAGUCAUAUUCCAUUCUUAAGCCUUUAAUGAGUCCUUUUACUGUAGAUUCAUAACAGCUGCUUAGUACUGAGGUUUCCUGUCUCAUUUGGAAUUAUGUAAAGAAGUCAGAUGCAAACUAUUGCAAUUAGAAAAUAAAAUAUGAAAUAACUUUCAA